UCACAUUCUAUACUUCGCCAUGGGCUGCAUCACUGUCGGCGUGCUCGCCUUGCAAGGCGCCUUCUACGAACAUAUCCAGUUGCUGAAGAGUGCGGCCGCCGAUUUGCCCGCCAAAGACCGCAGUUCCGCCUCGCAAUGGGACUUCAUCGAAGUGCGCACCCCGCAGGAACUCGAGCGAUGCGAUGCGCUGGUGCUGCCCGGAGGCGAAAGCACAACCAUGGCCCUUGUUGCCGCUAGGUCUAACCUUUUGGAGCCUUUGCGAGACUUUGUCAAGGUCCAUCGGAGGCCUACUUGGGGUACCUGCGCCGGUCUGAUCCUCCUCGCUGAGUCGGCCAACCGCACAAAGAAAGGUGGUCAGGAUUUGAUCGGUGGGUUGGACGUGCGUGUCAAUCGCAACCAUUUCGGCCGACAGACCGAGAGUUUCCAGGCCCCUCUCGACCUGCCCUUCCUGGGCGCUAAUCAGCCCGCCUUCCCCGCCGUCUUUAUCCGCGCCCCCGUCGUGGAGAAAAUCCUCCCUCACCAAGAGGGCGAACAAGUGGCCGAGGCCCAGCGUGAAGAAACUGUCAUUGCGCCGGCGCGCCAGGCGGAAGACGAGGUCGCUCGUCAAGCCAUGGCAGAUAGUGUGGAGGUUUUGGCAGCUCUGCCCGGACGGGCUGCCAGAUUGGCCUGCCAGGGAACGCCCAUUAACGCCGAUGACGAGACGGGGGACAUUAUCGCGGUCCGCCAAGGGAACGUCUUUGGAACAAGCUUCCACCCGGAGCUGACUGACGAUGCCCGCAUCCACGCGUGGUGGUUGCGCCAGGUCGAGGAAUCAGUGAAGAAAAGACAUGCCGCGCAUCACACAUAAAGAGGCAACAUCAUGACUGAUGAUGCAUAGCGUUGGGGUAGUGGAUGUAAAUUUUUCUUUCUUGAAUGCCUUUCUAGCAAUG